AUGUCAUUCUUCGCUCGUUUGCGGGAGCUCGAUGCUUACACCAAGCCCAUGGAAGAUUUUAGGGUUAAAACGUUUAGUGGUGGAAUGGUUUCGUUAGUCUCCUCUAUUGUGAUCGCGUUAUUAGCAAUACAAGAAACUCACCACUACCUUGCCGGCGAUGUCGUGGAGCAACUGUUCGUCGAUACUACGUCGUCCGACACUCGUUUAGACGUUCACUUUGAUAUCUCAUUCCCAUAUUUGCCAUGCCCAUUCAUUUCUGUCGAUGUAAUGGAUGUAACCGGCGAGAACCAGGAUAAAAUACAGGAUGAUGUUUUCAAACUUCGUUUGGACAAAAAUGGCAGAAACAUUUCUGAUCAGGUGCAGAAAAUCGAGGUUAAUCAAAAUAAGACCGUUGAUUCACCAGAAAUCUCUACUCUAAAAUGUGGUAGCUGCUAUGGCGCUCUUCCUGAAGGAACCUGCUGUAACACUUGCGAAGAGUUGAAGGAAGCCUAUCGAUUAAGAGGUUGGCAAGUGAACAUCGACGAAGUUGAGCAGUGUAAGGGUGAUCCAUGGGUGAAGAUGUUGGAGCAAUACAAAGAUGAAGGCUGUCGAGUUUAUGGAAAACUUCAAGUUGCAAAAGUUGCAGGGAACUUCCAUCUCGCGCCAGGAGAUCCUCAUCGUAUGAUGCGAGCCCAUGUGCACGAUUUCCAUGAUGUGGAAUUGAGUCAUUUCGAUACUGCUCAUCGGAUAAAUCAUCUAUCGUUUGGAAAUGAGUUUCCAGGAAAAAAACAUCCUCUCGACGGAAAAGAUUUCACUGCUGACAAAGGUGUCAUAAUGCAUAACUACUAUGUGAAAGUUGUGCCAACAAGCUACACACACAUGGAUGGCCGUGUGGAAAGUAGCCACCAGUUUUCGGUGACAACACAUCGAAAAAAUAUUUUAUUAGGUUCAAGUGGAAUUCCUGGUUUUGUCGUACAGUAUGAAUUCAGUCCGCUUAUGGUCCGGUACGAAGAAAGGCGACAGCAUUUGAUUACGUUUUUGGUGUCGCUAUGUGCCAUUAUUGGAGGUGUAUUUACGGUCGCUCAGUUAAUCGACUCUGUGAUUUAUCAUUCUUCACGAGUCCUUGAGAGAAAACUCACUUUAAAUAAGCUUGGUUGA